AUGGGAAAGUAUUGUGAUCGAUUGAAAAAAAAAUUUUUUUUGUUUUUUUUCCUUCAUUGAAAAAAUUAGUUUUAACACUAGAAUAGCAAGUUCUUUCUGCGUCACGGGCAUUUAUCUUCGAUGAGAUCGAUUGGAAGGUACGUUGCUAGCCCAACUAGAUAACAUAGUCCUGGCGACCAGAAUUUGCCGGCCCUUAGUAGUUGUUUUUUUACUGUGCGCUUUUAUUUUGGGUUUUAACUUACUAUUUCAUCGAUGACAUUCGAUACACGACUAAAACGAAGGAGCAAUGGGUCAUGGACUAACCGCGUUUCGCCUACUCGAGAUUCUAAGAAACUGUCAACAUCAUUAAGGGAAUUUUCUAUGAUGACUGUCGUAGAUGCUGUACGAAGUAUUGUCAGGAAGGCUCGUCGCAAAGAAAAAGAUGCUGUUACAACAUCUCAAGAAGAAUCUAAACUUUAUUUAGAACAAGCUGUUUUGGAAUGUAGUGUUCCUGAAACUAGGCUUAGAGAAGUCAUAGAUUUGCCACCUGGCAUAGAAUAUAAUGAAUGGCUAGCUUCUCAUACAAUAGCAUUUUUUGAUCACACAAAUUUAGUAUAUGGAACUAUAUCUGAGUUUUGUACAAUGUCAGGUUGUCCAGAUAUGAAUGGUCCAAAUGGAAGGCAAUACCUGUGGUUUGAUGAAAAAGGAAAAAAGUGCAAAGUUGCUGCUCCUCAGUACAUUGAUUGUGUUAUGACAUUCACUCAAAGAACAUUAUAUGAUGAAUCAAUUUUUCCUACAAAAUUUGAUCGUGACUUCCCUAGUUCUUUUGAGUCAAUUGUCAAGAAAAUACAACGAUUGCUAUUUCAUGUCCUGGCUCAUAUUUAUCAUAUUCACUUUAAAGAAAUCGUGCUUUUAAAUAUGCACGCUCAUUUAAAUUCUUUAUUUGUGCACUUCACUUUGUUUAACGAGCGAUUUAACAUCGUUGAGGAAAAAGAAACAGAGAUACUUAGGGAUCUUGCAGUAGCUUUGAAACUAUAUGGUGAUAAUUCUGAUGCUGCCUCUGAUUCAGAGGAUAAAAGCAAAGCAAGUGCUACUGCCACACCUAGUGCAAUUGCAUCAACUAGCGCAAUCGCUCUAGCAUCUACCGAUGAAGCUGCAACUGCUGUGAUAGAGGAUACCAAUGCAGCCGAUUCAAUAAAAGACUGUGCUGUAUCAAAAAGUAAUGAAAACUCCAAGAGGCCUCCAACCUAUUCGCAAUCCUCACAAUCGAUUGCCUCCUCCAUCUCAUUGGCCUUACAUUCCCGGUCCAGUUCUGGAAGCCAUUCAAGUUCUGGUUCAUGUGCUAUGGACUCUGCUUUAUUUUCUCAUGGCACACCGCCAACACCCAAUUUUGGUUCCUCACCCUUAAAGUUCCAAUAGAAAACCUUUGUUAUUUUUCACCCUGGCCAUCCACUAAACAAUACAAAACCUCAAUAAAUGUGAUAGUCUGUAUGCUAUAGUUAAAGGAAAUUAAGUUCAUUGCUGCUAUUUAAAAGAAAAAAAAUAACAAACCUUAAAAAAAAAUUAUUUUUUAAUCUAUCAGUAAUUGUCAAACUAAUUAUAAAAUAAAUCAAACAUUAAAUGCUUUAUCAUUUUUAUUAAAUAACUAAAUUAUCAACAUUUAAACGAAUUACUUUUCUUAAUAUUUAAAAAAAAAAGUUAAGAUGACUUUUUUGAAUAUUUUAAAUGUGCAUACAGACUUUCAUAAUAAAAGUGUUAAAAAUAUAACCCGAUUAGUUUCUAUUCCAACAUGCAUUGGUACUAAUUCUUAGCAAAUCUCUCUCUAUGAUAUUGUAGCUCUUUUAGACUGUAAUGAUAGCUUAUGUGAAAUGUAGUUUUCAUAGAUAUGAAAGUUACACUACUGCAAAGAGUAUAAAUUUUGUGAAUGCUAUCAACCAAUAUAAAUUUUUUUUAAUUCAUGCUCCUUAAAAUUUACUAAAAUUAAAAAAUAGUUUAAUAAUAAUUUCAUCAUUUUAUGAUAGAUGUUUGAAAAAUAUUUGUACUAUGUAUUUAAUUCCCUAUUUACACCAAAAUGAUGCAGUCACACAAUUUAUGCUAGAUUCAAACAUGUGGUUGAGGAAUAGGGUUGGUUUAAGUGUAUAGUAAUUUUUCAUGUAUACAUUGACGUAGGUCAUUACUUAUUGUUUAAUUCAAGUAAUGACAACGUGUGACAAUCACUGCUUUGUAGAUAGGAAACAAUAUUUUUUUCAUUAAAUCACUGAGCCAAGUGCAGUUAUAAUGCUUAAAAAUAAUCAAGAAUGCCCUUAAUAAUACAUAUAACAUAUGUAACUUGUAUUUAUCAAAAAUAAUGAGAUUUAUUUUGUUUAAGAUAAAAAUCAAAGGGAUAUAUUAUCCUGUAAAUUUUUGUAGAGCUGCAGUAUAGAAACCGCGCUGUCUUUUUAAAUGCAUUAAAAUAUUCCAUUUACUUAUAAAAGUAACUUAACUCUAGUAUAUUUUUCGGGAAUUGAUAAAAGUGUGAGUGCCUGUUAUAAUUUUUUCAACUGAUAUAUAUUUAUACAUGUAUGACAAUAGAAGUGAGACAAUACAUAUAAACUUGCAUGUAGCAUUCGUUAGGCAGUUUAAUUGUUGUGUAGAACACCCAUAUGUUCUUUAAAGACAAACAUUAGAAACUUACCAAAAAUUGUACAUUUUUUCAAA